AUGGGGGGGCUGUGGGCUGCAGCGUGGUGGCACCCGCUGGCACCCGUGCUGCUGGCACUGCUGGAGCUGGUGGCAGCAGGUGACCCAGUGGCGAGCCGCAGCGACCGGGCAGUGGGCACCUUAGUGGGCAUCCUGCUGUGUUUGGUGGUGGGGUUGGCACUAGCCUGGCACCACCUUUGCCGGCUCUCGCCCGGGCGCUACCAUCCUCGGCCCAUGGGCCGCCGGGCACUGGCAGUGCUGCGGGGAGGCUGGCACCGGCUGCAGGGACGGCGGAGGGACACCAUGGUGCUGCCUGGGGAUGGGGAGGACACGACCGCGGCAGAGGAGGUGGUGGUGGUGAUGGCAGCUCGGGAUGAGGAGGAAGAGUUGAUGCCAUGGAGUCAGGAGCUCAGGCCUCAGGAGGAAGAGGAGGAAGAGGAGCAGAAGGAGAAGGAGGAGCAGCAGGAGGAAGAGGAGGAAGCUACAGGCAGCCCCCCAGAUGUGGGGCAGGUGGCAGAGGGCAGCACCGAGGCCCUGCUCAGUGACCUUCACUCCUUCUCGGGCACUGCGACGUGGGGGGACAUACGGCCACAUGUCACUGCCCUGUGA